AUGGAGCCUUCGGACACCAGCUACAGCUCGCACUCCCGACGCCCGCAAGAGCCGUCAAUUCCGAGCAAGACGUCCUCGUCCAGCAACAGGCUCUUCGUUUUCUGUGCCACCCUCGCGGCGGCCGCGCUGCUGGUCGCUUUUAUCUUCUACUCUAUCCAUGAGGGUCACUCCCGCAACUCCGUCUACUUGCUGCAAGGCUGUCUGGCCAUCGCCUUGCUCGAGAAGAGCUGGUGGCAUUACCGCAUUCGACAGCGGUUCUUGGCUCCACUGGAGGCGUCCGUGGCGGCGCUAUUCGGCGGCACGGACCCCGAAAGACCGCGACAGAGCUCAAGCGAGUACGACCGCGAACUACGAGAGAGAAUGGAACCCCAGACGUACGCGGUAACCAAAUUCACAGACAGAAACAUGAAGGAUGUACGAGGCGCGACAGUAAUAGUGGCACUGGUAGCGGCGUCUGUCGUCGCUGCAAUUGGCACCAUUAUCGCAUUGCUUACAGAAGACACCGUACUAGUGUGUGCUGCAGUCGGCUGCUUCACUGGCGUGCUGUCCGCUUGCUUCGCUCCGACGCCAAGCGACGGCGUCGCCAUUCUGGUUCACCAGGGUGCACUCACCGUGACAGCUAUGAACACUAUGAUCGCACACUACACGGGAUCUGAGACACAAAUGGCCAUUUUAGACUACUUGUUCGUGGCUCUAGCGGGAUGGGUCAUCAUCGUCAUCGCGCGUAUCGUUGCGUCCAAGAAACUCCUGGAGUGCUUCCUCAUGCAAACAAUCUUCCGGGCGAAUUGGCAUCUUUCUUCGUUACAAUUGCCUGCGCAGAAGUGGGUCACUAUCUGUUCGACUUAG